AUGGUUACUAUUCCAAAAACUCAAAAGGCUGUUGUCUUUGAAACCAAUGGUGGUCCAUUAAUCUAUAAGGAUAUCGCUGUCCCUGAACCAAAACCAAAUGAAAUUUUAAUUAACGUUAAAUAUUCCGGUGUUUGUCACACUGAUUUACAUGCCUGGAAAGGUGAUUGGCCAUUAGCCACUAAAUUACCAUUAGUUGGUGGUCAUGAAGGUGCCGGUGUUGUUGUCAAGGUUGGUUCUAAUGUCACUGGUUGGGAAUUAGGUGAUUAUGCUGGUAUUAAAUGGUUAAAUGGUUCAUGUUUAAGUUGUGAAUUCUGUCAAACCACCAAUGAACCAAACUGUGCUCAAGCUGAUUUAUCAGGUUAUACUCAUGAUGGUUCUUUCCAACAAUAUGCUACUGCUGAUGCCGUUCAAGCUGCUAGAAUUCCAAAAGGUACUGAUUUAGCUCAAAUUGCUCCAAUCUUAUGUGCUGGUGUUACUGUCUACAAAGCUUUAAAGACCGCCAAUGCUAAACCAGGUCAAUGGGUUGCUGUUUCUGGUGCUGGUGGUGGUUUAGGUUCUUUAGCCAUCCAAUAUGCCAAAGCUAUGGGUUUAAGAGUUGUUGCUAUUGAUGGUGGUGAUGAAAAGGGUGAAUUUGUUAAAUCAUUAGGUGCUGAAGCUUAUGUUGAUUUCACCAAAUCAAAAGAUAUCGUUGCUGAUGUUGUUGCUGCCACUAAUGGUGGUGCUCAUGCUGCUAUCAAUGUUUCUGUUUCAGAAAAAGCCAUCGCUCAAUCCGUUGACUACGUUAGAGCUGUUGGUACCGUUGUCUUAGUUGGUUUACCAGCUGGUGCUAAAGUUGUUGCCCCAGUCUUUGAUGCUGUUGUUAAAUCCAUCUCCAUUAAAGGUUCUUAUGUUGGUAACAGAGCUGAUACUGCUGAAGCCAUUGAUUUCUUCACCAGAGGUUUAAUCAAAUGUCCAAUCAAGAUUGUCACUUUAUCCGAAUUACCAGAAGUAUAUGAAUUAAUGGAACAAGGUAAGAUUGUUGGUAGAUACGUUCUUGACAACUCUAAAUAA